CCAGCAGCGUCUGUCGUUCCUUCUUUCACACCCACACUCCCUUGGGUUCGCUUUGCUAUCGUACUGCAGUGCAGUCAGUCAGUCAGUCCUUAUCUUCGAGAUCCUCCAAUUCCUCUGUCGACCAGAGUCAGCCAGUCCUUCGUCUAGAUAGACAUCCCCUCAAGCAAGCAACCAAGCAAGCAACCCGCUUUCUAGACUCAAAAAAAAAUCAACCAGAUACCCCUCGUCAAACUCCACGAAUCAAAAAGCAAUGGCUCCCAUCACCAAGUCUCUUGCCCUGGUUGGCUCCCUGCUUGCGGCUUUCGCCUCGGCCGCCCCCGUCGACAAGCGCGACCAGGUUGUUGAGAUCGAGACCGUCACCUCUGUUGUCUGGACCACUGUCGACGUGACCACCACCGUCACUGUCGAGCCUACUGCCACCAACGACGCUGUGAACAAGGUCGCCGAUUACACCCAGGCGCACCACAGCUCUCACCACAGCUCCCACACUACUUCCACGACUGCUGGAUGGGAACAGCCCGUCUGGACCGCCCCCGCCGUGCCCUCUUUCACCUGGACCCCCGAGGUUCCGCAGUGGACCACCAGCGUUGCUACUUCGACCACUGAGCAGUGGCACGCCACCACCACUUCCUCCACCACUUCCACGACCUCGGCCUGGACCACCACCACCACCUCUUCUUCUACUUCCACCUCCACCACCGCUGCUGCUGCUGCCGCUACCACCAGCGCUAGCUCCUCCAGCUCCGGCUCCAGCUCCUCCGGCGUCUGCUCCGAGUCCUCGCCCUGCAGUGGAGACAUCACCUACUACGAGGUCGGUCUGGGAUCCUGCGGUGAGACCAACACCGACAGCGAGCACGUCCUGGCCCUGUCCCACACCAUCAUGCAGAAGAGCUACUGUGGCAAGACGGUGACCAUCAACUACGGCGGCAAGACCGCCACCGGUACCAUCGUCGACACCUGCAUGGGUUGUGCCGAGGGUUCCAUCGAUCUGUCCUCGUCGCUGUUCCUCGAGUUGGCCGAACUGGGUGCCGGCCGUGUCAGCGGUGUUGACUGGUACAUCCAGUAGAUGUGUGAAGAGAAGGAAAUGUGAUUUACGGAUAGAAUGAUUACCCUGCUACCAUUUUUUUUUUUUCGUGUGCAUAUCUUUUUUCUUUAGAUAUCUGGGAGAUUGGAACGAACCCGUCGCGGCGCGAUGGCCUGAAUAGAUUGCAUUC